AUGAAAAUAUUUACGGUUGGGAUGGACGAAAAACCACCGGUUAAAGAUAAUCCAGUAUCUCCCGAUGGAGUUACCCUAGCAUCAACACCAAUUAUUACAUUCGAAAAGAAGCGAACUUCAUGUAAGAAUUAUGUGAUGUGCUUGGGAAUGUUAUUCUUUAUCGUUUUGUUUACAAUUAUUAUCAGCAAAUUGAUAUAUUACAGAAUACCCGAUGAUUUGGGACUGCCAUGGUUUGAAAUGAGACAUCGAAGAGUGGGAUGUGACAUUAUGAGUGCUAAUAUGAUUCAGUCGUCCUAUCCACAACGAUCUUCAAGAGUUUUUGAAAAUUCAAACAAUGCAGCAGCAGCGUUAGCAGUGCAGGCAGGACAAUCUCAAACAAAUGGACAGGAGGCAUCGACCUCAUCACCGUUACAGCAUUUCGAGUCGGGGUCAUCAGUUGACCUAUCACAAGCUGUAGAUUCUCGUUUUGACUUUUUGCGCAAAAUUAUCCCAAAAAUCAAAGAGCAAGCAGAAAAAUCUGGCAUUGAAGGGGUCAUGCAGGUAAAGGUGUUGCAAAUGGAUUCACUGGAGCCAAGACAGUUGUUCGGCGGAUCAGAUGAAAAUCAACUUCGAUCAGGAAUCAGUACGAUGCAGUCGCGUGAUUUCAUGGUACCUUCCCGUCCAACUCUAUUGUCUGACCUCUUGCGAUGGAAUAUUGUUGACAAUAAUGAAAAUCAAAUAUCGAGAAAUCAACUCUUCGGAACACAGCAAGAUGACACAGCUAAAAGUGGACCGAUGCUUGUAUUGGGACCAUUUUUGCAACCACAACACUUACAGUUAUUACCUGGUGCCUGGGAUAAUGACAAUAAUUUAGCGUGGAGCAAUUCAUUGCAAUCUCAUCUGUUUGAUUUGGCCCAACAGAUCAAUAGACAACAACAGUGGAGUAGCCUUUGGCAGUGGCUUAACAAGAACAGUAAUGAGAAAGUUAAUCAAUGGCAAAAUAUGCAAUGGUCAAACACUAACCUGAUCACACCUGUACUUCAACAGAAUCCCUUACCUGUAGGGGAAAAUGGUAAUCAAUGGUCAGAUCACCGUUUGGGAAGUAACUGGCAAAAUAGUAUUCAGAAUGGAGCAAGUAAUAAUCAGUGGCCACAAAAUGAAUGGGCGGGACAAGGACAACAACAACAGUCUUGGUUUCAGUAUCCUCAAACAUGGCAAGCGAGUAUGAAUCAGAACCAGUAUCAGAGCAAAAAUGAUUGGAACAUUCAGAGGGCAAAUAUUAUAGAUAAUUUGGAUGGGCGAAUGACACAAGCUGUUUUGCCAAAUGAUAACGUUAACAGUGAAAUUUACAACAGUGAUGCAAAUGAUCAGUGGAAUCGAUACUAUAUCCAAUGGCACACCAAUAACCAACGGAUACAACAGCAGCCGAUUGUAAACAGUGUUGUUAGCCAAUCACUUGAAAUGACAGGAUCUGUACUGCCUCAACAAAUUCAAGAUCAAACUCUUGGACAACAGCAACCUCAAAUAACAGAUUCAUUGCAAAGCCAAACAGUUCUGGAGCAGCAAAUUGAUUCUCUAUCUUCUCAGGCUCAACAGCAAAAGGAACAACCGCAACCAAUACAACAAUUUCCUAAUAAGCCGAUUCAAUCAGAGAUCAAUACAAUUCCAAACGAAGCUUAUCAUCAAAAUCCAAGUGUACCAGUUGUUUCUAAUCAUCCAGAUGAUAAUGUACACCGAACGCCUGCACCAUUUAUUUUUAACAGUGACAAGUGGAAAAAGGUUGAAAAUCCCAAUCUUUUAAGCAGACCAAUAAAUGAUAAUCAAGAGAACCUACAAUUCCUGCAUCAACAACGACCACAAUUACCGAUUCAUCCAAUUGGGAAUAUGUUAAGUGAUAACAUCGGUGACACAAAAAUAAUUGAUGAUGAACUCAGUAAAGUUCCAAUUAUGGAGCAGUCAGGAUCGAUGAACGAUAUCAAUCGCGGAUUAUCAAAUCCAAUACUAUUUCAAGUUGAUGAGCCACCGCCACAAUCCGCUAGUAUGGAUAAUAAUUUCGCUAAAUAA